CGCUCCCGGAGAGAAAGAAGCGGCGCCGGCGACUGGAGGCCGGCCCUGGCUACGGCCACCGACUUCUUAUUCCCUCCCGCCGAUUCAAUUCAGAUUUACUUGCCGCGGCAGCUCAGUCGUGGAGGAGAUUUAAUGAUGGAUGCCGUCGCCGAGGUUCCCCAGACGAUCUGUCCUGAGAAGAAACCACACGCGGAUGUCGAUGGCGAGGCAGGCAGGCAUUCCCUGGCCGUGGACCCUGUCUCCAAGGUGCUUGGGGACAACAACCUCCUCGCGGAGAUCCUCCUCCGCGCCGGCUUCCCCACUACCCUCGUUCGCGCUGCCCUUGUGUGCAGGUGCUGGUACCAUCUCGCCUCAAACCGGGGCUUCCUCCGCCGAUUUCGUGAGCUCCAUCCGCCCCGCCUACUUGGCUUCUACAUUGGCAGCAUCUUGAUCCGGCCGGAAUUGGUAGCCUUCCUGUGCUUUGUCCCGAUGCUGCCCCAACCCCCGGAGCUCAACACUGUUGUCCGCCGCAUGGCGAACCACAACUUCAAUGACCCCAAGAAUCUAUGGAUCAUGGACUCCCGAAACGGCAGCAUCUUCACCCGACGUCGUGAAGGAAGAGAACUAGCAUAUGGAGUGCACCGCAGAGAACUAGCACAUGGAGUGCACCGCCCGCUUUGCCCUGAGAGAGGCAUUAACGUCGUCCCACCACUCCCAAGAGCCCAGGAUUACAAUCGCCAAUAUUUUGAUGCUAUUCUCUCCAAAGAAGAAGGCAAUGGCUUGUCCUACUUUUAUGUGUUGACGGAGUUGACUAAUCAGACAGAAAAUUUCACUUUACGCGUGUAUAUGUUACAAGGCAGUGUUUGGUGCUUGCAUACCUCGGCCACGGCCCAGCUCCAUCUUCCGCUACCCAAAGCAAAAGUUGUGCUUGUCGACAAUAAAAUCUAUAUGGUGGUCUCCCCCGCAGACGACAUUAUUGUCUUGGAUUUGACAGCCUCAAGUUUGUCUAGAAUCCAGUACCCACCUGGAGUGAAGUAUGACAUUUUUCACACCUUCUUGUCACGGGCAGAUGAUCCUUCCGGUGUAUAUGUCAUCCAUGUCAAUGGCUUUAAACUUUGCAUCUGGCUCCACAAGGGGGACAACUGGUUGCUGGCUGAUACCAUUUGUCUGCAUGAGAUGUGUGCUAAUCUGAGGAUGCUAGAUAACACGCUUGAGGAUGAGCAUUCUGGUUAUUGCUAUGUAUGUCAUGCUGGGGAUAAUGCUGAGUUUGUGGUUUUGCAAAUGUGUGGAUGUGUAUUCUAUCUGGAUGUCAAGAACAGGACACUCCGUAAAUUGGUUGCGAAGGAUAAACACUUCACUGAUGUCUAUCCGUUUAUGAUGGUUUGGCCUCCCACAUUCCCUAAGCUCAAGGAUGGUCCUGCAAGGAUUGCCAUGUGAAGGAGGAGUAGGAGGAUAUCAGGAAGUGUCUGGAUGAUCAGCGGCAAGGCGUCAUCUUAGUAUUUGUUCUAUGUUGUAGGGUCCAGGCAUGGGUGAUUUAGGAAUGCUUUCUCCAUUGCAAUCAGUGAUACCUUUUAGUGCUACAUUGUUCCACAAGUUUGCUCCUUCUCCGCUGUUAGCUGAAGAAGACGCCGGAGGAACAUCACAAAAGAACACAAUUUCACUGAAUGUUCUGCAUUUUCAGAGAUCAGAGCGCUCCUUGUCGCACUUGCAUGAGAAAUCCAGUGUUUGCUGGAACCAGAUAUGUUUAUUGGAUGGUUGAUGCCUUUAUGGAUAAUGCUUAACUGUGAGAGUGUU